UCCAUCUUCAUCGGCAACCUGUCCUGGACCGUGACCGAGGACGAGGUCCGCGCGACCUUCGCGCCCUGCGGCGAGAUCUCGAACAUCCGCUUCGCGACGGACCGCGAGACGGGCGACUUCCGCGGCUUCGGCCACGUCGACUUCGACUCCGCCGAGGCCGCCGAGGCCGCCGUCGCCCUCGCGGGCACGCCCGUCGGCGGCCGGCCCAUCCGCGUCGAC